CAAAAAGUUACAUCUGAAGACUAUAACGUCAACUAAUACUUUUAAAAAUGAUUCCUCCUGGUAGAUACACUGUUAUUGACGAGGAUAAUUUCCAGAAUUAUAUUAAAGCAGUAGGCUUUAAUGGCAACUACGUAAAAUAUACAAUCGAAUUUCGUCAAGAUGGAGAUAAAGUCAGAAUGAAUGAAUUUUUUGGGAAUAAAUCUCUGGUAAGCGAAUUUACCAUAGGAGUAGAAUUUGAAGAAAUGAGUAUCAUUGGGAAAAAAGUUAAGAGCAAAGCCAUUCUCUUCGAAGACGUUCUUAUAAUGAGAAGUGAUGAUCGCACCAUAAUAUACAACUUUAAACCAAGAGGAGGAGAAAUCAUCCACAUAGCACCCAAUGCUUUUGGGAAGCUCAUAUUUAAAAAGGACGAAUAAAUAACCUGCUGGACAAUGGAAUACAAACUCAUUUAAAUGAGAAGGUUUAUUCAUAUAUCAUGUUUAAAUAAUAUUAAAUAUGUACUCACAUAUAAUAAUAAAAUAAACAUUUCACAUUUA